CGUUCGAGGGACCACAACAUCUCAAGGGAGAUGUGUUGCUGUCUGGGGUAUUAUCAGUGAUCACUUCUUUGCAAAUGAUGAAAGUCCUCCAGCAGCAUUCUGUGUUUGCUCUGCAUAGUGCAGAGUUGCCGAAGUGUUGGAGGCAGGGUCAAGACUGUUAAAACUUGUCAAUCAAAACCGUCCCUCCUGAAAUCACUAGCAGGUUGAUUUGUUCGAGAUGGGCUCCAGAAGCUAACAUCCUUCAAGACUCGACAGUUGUAUCUACCGGUGGAAAUCUGGAACUUUACAAGUGACUUCAGUCGACCGGGACGGGCUAAGAAGAUAUCGACCCUCGUACCGUACAACCCUUAGACAGCUCAAUUGAAAUCUAAACUUGCACCAUGCCUUUGGAUUUAAACUUUCCACCUGAUCCAAAAGAAGGAGAAUUCUUAUUCGACUGGAAUCGGGACCAUUAUCAUGAAUACCGGUAUCACGGAUGUCCCUGGUUCAUUCGGAUUCAAAGGUGGAGAGAUAACCCGGCCACGGCGUUUAUAAGCUUUCGAGAUUGUGUCACGAAUGUUGAAAUCCCGAUGCCAGCUAACGUACGCAUUAGAGAUGAAGGUCUUUGGAGAGACGUUCCUCGAUUUGAGCCGUAUGAUUACUACCGAAUUGGACCUUUCACAACCUACACGAUGCUCAUACACAACUGCAUUCCAGCACUUGUCAUCACCAAGUUAAAUCCGCCUUAUUUCUCCAAAAUAAGGCCUGGAGCUGGAGUCACAGGUACGGUUGUCGAAGUACUACCAGAAGAAUUUAAGUUUGAAGUACCUACCAAGAAGAAGAAGAAAUGAUCACUCCUUUGGGCAGUCACGAGAGGUCUCUGAAAGGGAGACUCGAUCUGGUAGAUCUGACUAUUGGUGGUGAUCGCCUUCCGCUUUGCAAAGGCAGCGAGUGGUGAAGUGUCAACUGGCGAAAGUAUACUCCUUCGAGCAUGGAGGAAUUCAAAUGGUUCGUACAACGGUACGGUCACCAGUGUCCUAGAUCAGUAACUAUAUUUGCAGCUGCAGAUCCCAAUAGCUUCUAGAGUUUCUUCUUGCCCAAUAGUGGUACUCGACAACCGCAGAAACGUUUACUCUGGGUUCCAUAUCGGAAGAGGAAAUGUCCCCGUUUAACUUGACCGUGAAUAUAUUAGUUGGACAGCUAAUUUGAUAAACAUGAUCAUGAUCAGAGGGAUCAACUUGUUCCACUCCAUGAGGAGUUCAUGUCCGUUUGUGUAGCACUAUUAUCCAGAGAAUCUGGCUGACGAGGGGGUAGCCAGCUCUCUUGAAGUCCUCUUGAAGAAGAUAGAAAAGGUUUCGAAAGAAGUUUUGCACCGAGGUUUUAAAUGUGCACUGGUUGUACGAGUUAGGAAUUGUUAAUACCACAUUUGUAUUAUCAUUUUCAAAACGGUCUAGAUCC